AUGCCUACUAUAGGAGAAAAGAAGUAUAAAGACAACACGAGCACUUUCAUAGACGACGCAAGAAAUUACAAAAGAAAAUCGAUUGACGAGCACGAUGAAUGUUCUUUUUUAGAAGAUUUACUCUACCUAAAUCAAGAGAGAAAAGAUUCGCAAAAUGCUCAAAACGAGAAUUUAUUUGUUAAUGUAGAACUUGGUUCAACUCGAACCAGCGCCAUAGGUCUCAACGCAGUGAAGAAUAGUAGCUAUCAACGGUACCAGCUGACCCUACUCAAGAAGAGCAACCCCGCGUGUCCCAAAGCGCCAAAGGUAUCAAUCACUAGUGACAACCACAAGGGAGAAGAUCAAACGGGAGAUAACUCUGAUGAAUCAAAGCUCAAGACAGCCUGUGAUGAAGCCAAAAUAGGUAUCUCUUUGAAGGAAAAAAAUAUACAUCCUUUGAAUAAUUCUACCCAAGGGAAAAUGCAAGAAAGGCACUUGCUAAUUAAACCGAGACGGAAUUACAACGAUAUGCAUGCAAGCCAAAUGGAGGACUCGAACGAGAAUAAUCAAAAUGUGCACAGAUCGAAUGAGGAGAGAUAUGGUGGGAAGGACGCUCUGGUAAGAUGUGGCCAUUUCUCUAAUGGACAUAGAAUCCCAGCAUUUGUUGACUUGAAAAAGGGAGAUAGGACUAACCAACCAAAUAGAACACUCCAGUACGAAGACGAAGAGAAAAAAAUUAUCACCUCAAAUAAUAGAUCCGCGAAUGAGACCCUAAACAAUGGUUACUCCCCCAAGGGGGCAACGCCCGAGUGGAGGGAUGAAGCUGAUAAAUCUGUCGUAUGUGACAAAUCGAGUAGCCAAAUAGGUGAAAGGAAAAAUAAGGCAAUGACCAAUUCGAUGGGUGAACUUGCUUUUAAAAAAAGUGGUCUUACGUGUAGGGAGGAUUUGUUUGAGAAUAACAGUUAUGCAAUGCGGGGGGGGAGUGCCAACAUGGAUGAGGCGUGCGAGGCGAAUGAGGCGUACGAGGCGAAUAAGGCGUACGAGGCGAAUAAGACGUGCGAGGCGAAUAAGACGUGCGAGGCGAAUGAGCGGAACAUCCCGGCCGAGGGGUGCGCCGAUCAGCGGAAAGGACCCACACGUGACGCUUUGAACAAGUGCCAACAGAUGGACGACCACUGCGUGAUUUACAAGAGAGAAAGACAUGGUGAAAAAAAGAUGCUUGAAGAAGAUCACACCAACGAAGAGGUUCCCAAAAGUCAGUUUGGAAGAAAGGAUUCCAAUCGCUUCAACCCCCAAGCAGAUGCUGGCUUGUCUCCAUUGCGUAGCAGCUUUGCGGAUGCGAAUGAAGCAACCAGCUGCAGGAAGGAAAUAAAAAUUACGCAGAAGCACGAACCGACCCACUCUAUUCUACACAUUUCGAACAGAAGCGCCAUACAUUUGCAGAAAUCCGCUAAUGUAAAGGCAAAUAUGACCCUCGUAAGCCACGAAAAGAGCAUAGCGUCUAAUUUAAAAGUACCCGAAAAGCAAACUCCCCAUGAGAAAGAAGCAAAUAGCGUUUCGCGAAAUAAUACGCCAAAUAAGGCCACGAAUAAAAGUGUAGCGAAAAAUUUAAAUGUCAGCUCGAAGAUAAAAAAUGACAAAGCGGUGACGUACCUGACGUAUGAAGAUAUUACCGAUUUUGAAUUCGAAGUGAACGCAGAGAGUAUCCAUGAGAUGAUUGCAAAGCUGCUAGAAAUCACAAAAGAUCAGGAAUGGACUAAACAAAUUGAAAAUUUAAUUAACUUAAGAAAAAUUUUAAAAUAUUACCACAAAUUAUUUUUUGAUAAUCAUGCAAAGGAGUUAAGAAAAAUAUCGAGGUCAAUAAUUGAGCUUCUAAAUAGUCCUCGAUCAUGUGUGUCCAAAAAUGCGUUACUAUGUUUGUCCGAGUUUUAUUCUAUUGGAAAAAAAAAAAUGGAUAAUACGUUAGAUGAUGUUAUCCUCCCGUGUUUAAAAAAGGCCCACCAGACGUCUACAGACUUUCUGAGUAGCGCUGCCAACAAUGCGCUUCUCGCAAUAUGCAACUCGUGUACGGAGAGCAAGCUUAUUUUGCACUUUGUGAAGAUAAUCACCUCGUAA